AUAAUCCUAAAACACACACUUAUUUUGGCUGGUUUGGCACGAUGUCACGUCUGAAAUUCUGAGAAGAGGCGUGGUAACCAGAAGAAAUGUGUCCGGUUAGGUAUUUUCAAAACGUUGCAGGUGUUUCCUCUGCUUGAAAAUGAGACGAUAGACCACGAUAUAAGCAAACAAGUAAAAGCAGCCAAUCCGCUGCUUUCCUGCUCGGUUGCGUAUUGGGUUGGAUUGAAGCGUCUCCGUUGGGCACUGGGCUGCUCUCAUCAAUCGUACUGACGCUCGGCACUUGUGUGUGUGGAUCUUCACUCCUUGGAUUGUGACUUUGAAACAACAGACCCAGGGCAGUGAUUUUUUCCUGAUUAGAUUCCGCAGUCUCUGUGAAUAUUAGAGGCUACAGCUACAAGAUAAAAUAUUUUAAAUGCUGAUGAGAGUUUGGCAAAAAAGUGCAACUCGAAUAGAUGUGUCCAACUGCUGCUGGACUUCAGAAGCUAUUAAAACACACGCUGCCCUGCCGGUGUAGCAUGGCCACGCUGCACUGUCAAAACAAAGGAAUAACUAACUAAUAAGAAAGCAAUCAACAGGAUCAUCGUCGUCAGGAUCGAUCGACAAGGCUGAUUGAGGAGUACACCCCAAGUCUCUAAACUGGAGCCUACUGCGAGCAUCGAUUAACGGAUUUGACAGAUCACCUUCAGACAUCUAACAGCCUCAGAGGGAGAAGAUGCCGUUCCACCAUGUAACGGCAGGCCUGCUCUACAAGGGGAACUACCUGAGCCGCUCGCUGUCUGACAGUGACAGCGAUGUGCUGGCCAGCAUCUCUGUUGAGGAGCUUGACGAGAUCAGAGAGGCGUUUAAGGUGCUGGAUCGUGACGGAAACGGGUUCAUUUCCAAACAGGAGCUGGGCAUGGCCAUGCGGUCUCUGGGUUACAUGCCCAGUGAGGUGGAGCUGGCCAUUAUCAUGCAGAGACUAGACAUGGAUGGGGAUGGACAGGUUGAUUUUGAAGAGUUCAUGACGAUUCUUGGUCCCAAGCUCCUCUCAUCUGAAACAAGAGAAGGCUUUCUGGGCAGCACAAUCGAUACCAUCUUCUGGCAGUUCGACAUGCAGAGAAUCACCCUGGAGGAGCUGAAACACAUCCUGUUCUACGCCUUCCGUGACCACCUCACCAUGAAGGACAUUGAGAACAUCAUCAUCAAUGAGGAAGAAAGCCUAAAGGAAAACUCUGGCAACUGUCAGACAGAGUUUGAGGGAGUUCACCCCUCAAAGAAGAAUCGUCAGACGUGCGUGAGGAAGAGCCUCAUCUGCGCCUUUGCCAUGGCAUUCAUCAUCAGCGUCAUGCUCAUCGCAGCCAAUCAGAUGCUGAGGAAUGGCAUGGAGUAGCUGUGCCCACUGUGAGCUGGAAACAAGCCAGCCUGCAUGUGCAUGCCAGUGGGUGAGGUCGUGUCCCUGUUGAUUGGAAAAGAACUGCAAGGAGUAACGCUCGAAAUAAUCAACGAAAUCUGUUUUUAAAAUUGUUUUUAGUAUUUUUGAACGAGGGCCACGUCUCCACCCGACGUCCAAUAAAACCAUGAAGCCAGCAUGAGGAGUCGCGCAGGACUCCUCCCCCUUUACUCUGACAGGGACACUCAAGGGCUGACAUUACACAUAACAUACUGUUGUCUCUGUUUCCCUGGUGUAAUAAAAAAUAAAUAAAAAAUCCGACAACGAUGCAGGAGUUAAGAGCUGUUCGCUUUCCCAGCAGCCGAAAGUGAUGCACUUCUGCUGAUCUGUCACCCACCAGAAGACUCACGAGCUAUCAGGGCUGCAGUCUGGCUCCCAGGAGAGAAAGGAAGGAAGGAAAUAUUUGCCCUCUUAUUAGAGCUCCUGAGAAAAGAUGAUGGCAAAGCUUGCCACCACUGAAGCAGGAGGAUCUGUACAGGCCACAGCUUCUCGCACAUUAUAAUACUCCAGCCCUCCAUCUAACUAUUCUGUCUGGGGGCCAGUAUAAGGUGCUGGCAUCACUUCAUCAGCCCUAGAAGCCAAUCAGUCAAGCAUCUGAAAUGUUAUAUGGUAACUCCAGGCUUGUCUUUUGAAUGAACACAGAAGAUUGGGAAAUAUGUAAUUUUUUCCUCUUCGUGGACACUGUUGGGUGAACAGUGUGCAGAGUGCAAAGAAAAAGUCCUAUUUACAGAGAAAAAAUCCACCCUCCAAUGCUCUAGAUACUGUGUGUGUGUGUGUGUGUGUGUGUGUGUGUGUGUGUGUGUGUGUGUGUGUGUGUGUGUGUGUGUGUGUGUGGUAUACAGGUGUGAAUCCAUUGCAUUCAACUGUGUCAUAAUGUGUAGGUGGAAAUAGCGAGGAUAAUGGUAGAAUCAGAGUGGCGAGAUGUUUUUCCAGCUGAGAAAACUUGAAUCUUGCCUUUUAAUCUAAAUGUAAAAUGUUUUGUGGCAUUGAAGCAUUCAGGCUUCAUGUCAGAGUUCCAGCAGGAUGUCUUUUGCUACUCUUUGAUGACAAGGGACAGCUACCUAACCCUAACAUAUCACUGUUUUAAAUACUUAUUUAACAAACAUUUUUAUCUCUGAUCUGGAAAUACAUCUGUGACAUCAUCAUGUGGCAUCAUCGUCAUAACUUGUAUAGGAAGAAUACAACCAACCAAAGACAAGUCACCACCAAGAGAGUGAUAAAGUGUUUCAGGGUGGAUUUUUUUCAUUUGAGUUUUGGGUGGGUUUUUGGUUUUUUCUUGUCCUUUAAAUCACCCCACAUCAAUUUAAAGAUUUCUUAAUGCUGUGAAAAGUUGCUGGGCAGUUCUAAAACCCAAAUUUAAAAGUUUAGUAUCAUCAUAAAUGUGGUAUAUAUUAUUAAAAUCAAAGGGUUUGCAAAAUUAACAAGGUACACUUAGAUUGUUUUAGCUGUAUUCACUUAAAUCUGGGUGGCUCCACAGUGUAGCGGUUUAUGCAUUAUUUGCCUACUAACCAAAAGCUUUCAGGUUUGAUCCCAGGAGGAGGUUUGAGUCCCUUUAGGGCUGCGUCAGGAGGAGCAUCCAUUAUGGAAAAACUGACAAUUCGAACAUGUGGAGCUACCUGCUGCAGUGACACCUUGUGAUUAAGGGAGCAGCUGAAAGUAGCUUGCACUAUUUUAAUCUUAAUCCAGUCAUGCAUGACUGGAUUAUCUACAGAACCAAAAUUGUACAGAGUCCGCUGAUUUCUGUAGAUUUAUUAACUAUUAAAAAAAACUUAUUGAUUUUAAUUACUUUUCACAGCAAGAGUAACUAAAAGAGUCCACUCGUACACUUGUUUUAGACAACUAGAUCUUUAUUUCUGUUCUUUAAAGAUACAUCAUGCUCUCUGUAUCUAUUUGAUCCUGGGAAAUCUCCCUGGACGUGACAGUUUUAGAUCACACCUUUUUGACCUCUUGAGGAAAAAAAUCUGCAAAUUAAUUGAUACUAAUAACAGUUUUAAGUUGCAGCCCUUUGGUUGCAGAAUAGACAGAAUGAGAAAAACAUACUCAUGUGCACAUUAAAUACAGCUUCAAGGCUAGAACCCAACUCAUGUGGAAGAAAAACAUGUCACUGACUCACUGACUUUAGUACUCACCAUAAUGAAGGAUAUAUUUUAUGACUACAGAGAUGGAAGUCAAAUCGUGCCACUCUUAAAUAGUUCCGAGGCAAAACAAACUCUAACUAAUGGGAUGUACAAAUAUUCUCACAGCACUGAAUAAUUUGACGGUUCCUCUCCCACCGAGGACAGCUCUGAACUCCUGCACUGACUUUCAUCUCAACAAAUAACCCCCCCAUCAGGGGUCAGAAACACCCCUAUUAUCAAGUGCAUGCGAUCAAGUCAGUGUCUUCUGUAAAUACUGUAACCCAUGUCUGAAAUGUCUCCAGUGUCUGUUGAAGUGUACAGUAUCUGUGUGUGUGUGUGCAUGACCGUCGGUGCUCUCUGCUCACUCGGGUUCAGAGGUGCAGGGAGGAGGCUCAGCAGGCGUAGAGGCGGCUGCUUCAUCACAAACAUGCCAGGUGCAGGCGGUAAAGGCCCUUUCUGUUUCCUCUCAACCCUCCUGCCAAAGCCAUAGAACUCUGCAGAGGUGAACCAGACAACACAAUGUAGACAUUUUUCCCUGUUCCUACAUGGAAACACAAGAUCAAACGGGCAUUUUUUUGGCAUAAAUAUGUAUAUCAUAUCGGACUCAGUUUGUUCCUGUUAUUGUUUUUGCACUGUACCUGUCAUCCAUUCCAGUGAAACGAUGCAGAAGGUUGUAGGUUUGUGCAAUAGUGCCAUCUAGAGGUGAAGUAACAUCACACUGGCCGUGCUCUUGUCCCGUCACGGUGUUUGCGUGUUUCUCCCUCUCUGCACACUCAUGGGAAUGUGCUGUCAGGCAGGACUCAGCGUUAUAUUCGCAAUAUGUGGAAAAUAUAUUGAUAUUGAAUGUUCAAAUAUGAGGAUUUUUAUGUAUAAUGUAUAGGUUGACUUUGCUCUACCUACACUUCAGGCAGAGCAGCACUUGCAAUGCGAACACAUAUUUAAACGGUGUAUUUAUAGGAAUAGAUUUCUUGCCUAUGGCAGACAAAGUGAUUUUAAACCUGUAAAAGGUUUCAUUCACAGAUGAUUUAUUAAUAUCACACCCUGGAGACUUCAUAAAGAGCACUACUGCAAAAGCAGCCUAAACGACCUUGUACAGUAGGUCACACUGGUUUAGUUUUUCAUCAAAAUGCGUUUUUUUCUUUUUAUUAUUUUUUAAAAUGCUGCAGUACUGGUGGACAUUUCCUACAAAUAAGAACUAGACUCUACUGUUAUGUAGUGGUUAAUUGGAAAACUAUUUUAUCAUGAAUUUCAUAUUUAAAAAGAACUUAAAUUUUAUUUGAUACGUUUUGUUUGGAUGGGUACUGUUAUUGCAGUGAUGCUGUAAUUAAACUGUCUUCACCCCAGUAGAAUGAUUGCAUGACUCCAUCACUGAAGUGGAGGUUUUGUUUUGGAGGGGAAUCGCACAGUGUCUCUUCAGUAGCAUGGUGGUUGGAUCCCACAUUUGUUUCUUAUGUAACAUUGUAAAUAGCUACUAAGACAGCAUAUCUAUUGGACAAGCACAUAUUAUACAUACUUUGCACGUGCAGUAUUUAAACAUGUAGACUAGAGAAUGACUUUCAGUUGUACUAUUUAUUAGAGGAAUACUAAUUAUCACUGUAAAUAUGAAAAUCUGUACAAAACAUCAAAGCAUUAAGAAUACUUGCAA